AUGUCACAACCACCAGUUCGAUCAGAUAGAGAAUUAUGUUGGAAAUUAAGAGAUGAAUAUUUUAAAUGUCUUGGAGAAAUUGAUCCAACGACGGUAAAUAAUGAUGAAUCAAUAAAAAGUUUAGUAAAAAAGAAUGGAUGCUGGAAGAUAAAAGGAGCUUACGAAGAUAAGUGUAUUGCAAGUUGGGUUGAUUAUUUUAAUAAAAAACAUUCAUUCGAACUUCGAAAAUCAAAAAUAGAACAAAGUAAUGACAAUAAUAAUAAAUCAUAA